CGGUAAUAUAAGGGAAGAGGCUCUUGUAUAUUAGUGUCCACUUUGCCCAAUUAGUAUGAGGCCUUUUGGGGAGGACACCUCAGAAUACAUCCGUGCGGGCUUGACCCAAAGCGUACAAUAUCGCUCUAAUGGAGCACCAUGAUUUGACAAGUGGUAUCAGAGUCUAGUUCGGCGGAUCCGGGGCGGUGGACGUCAGUUUGGUGGGAUCCUCAUUCGGUGGACCUCGGGAUUUGAGAUCUGCGUUUGUCUGGCGGGUCAACGGUGGCUUUGGCGGAUCAAAGAGAGUUCCGCAAUUGGGAAAAAGAUCAAAGAGAGUUCUGCGUCUGGUAAAGUUCUUUUAGCGAGAAGCCCAUCGAUACAAGGCGUCUGGCGAAUCAAGAUAAUCUCUGAGUAGAGGACACAAAGUUCGUGGUCCUUGCCUCGAGGGGAGGAUUGUUAUGGGAAAAUCCAAGUAUCACAUCGAAAAUAUAAGGGAAUGAACCCUUGUAUAUUAGUAUCCACCAAGCUCAUUAAUACGAGGCCUUUUGAGAAGGAACCCAAAAGUAAAACCGUGCGGGUUCGACCUUUAGCGGACAAAAUCGUGUACUAAUUGAGCUACUCAAUUUCGACAUAUACCAAUAGAUUAAAUAUCAUAAAUGAGAAAGUUAGACUCGUAUUUGAUUAUUAUGAAUAAAUCCUCCUAUAAUAUAUAGCCGUUCUCCGGCUAAUUUUCUCCCUUUUGAAAUCCUUGGCUUCUCCUGCAUUGUCGCUAGGGGCAAUUGUGGAAAGUAAAUUGUCUUAGUGGAUCCCUUAUAUUUUAUUAUUCGAAAAAUCAGUAUACACGUCCCUGCAAUUGCUCAAUAUCCCUUCGUCUACACCUCAUUCCAGCGACUCUCAACCGCUCAUUUUCCCUUCUUCCUCACCCAUACCAGCGACGCAUUCCGACGGUGCCGCUUCUUCCCAAUCUGCAACUCAGCCAUGCUUAAUCGCCCCUGCAACCGCUAAUUGUCCCCUUCGUCCUCACCUCAUACCAGUGGCCGACAAAUUCCAUAUCAUCGCGGAAUUAGAAUUCAGUGGUUGAUUCGUCUUCGCCAGUGACUUCCCGACUCUUCCCGAUCCUCUCGGAAUCCCUUCCAGAAGAGUUUGCUGGGUCAACCCGAGACUGCUAGGUCUGAUGCCCUUUCAGAUCCUUUUCGUCCUUUUCCAUUUUACUUGAUGUUGAUGAUAAUGAUGAUGAUGAUUCUAGAUAAUUUCAGGUUGGAAUCGGUCACAAGGGAUAAUUUUAUUGAUGUAUGCUUGCUUUCACGAGGGUAGAAUUGAUGAUGGUGCUGCAUAUUUUAGGAAGAUGGUCGAUUCAGGGCUGAGAACGGACUUGCCUGUUUAUGAUAGACUGGUUGAUCAGUUGGUUAAGGCUGGGAAGAUUGACGAGGCAAAAUAGUUGUACGAGCUGAUGGUGAAGAAACAGAGGAUGAAUAAUGAGAGCUAUAAGUUCAUAAUGAAAGCACUAAGUGAUCAUGGGAGGUUGGACGAAGUGCUUCAAUUGGUCGAUGCAAUGUUGGAUAACGAGGCUAUCAACGUGAAUGAGGAGCUUCAGGAGAUAGUGAAAGGCGAGUUGAACAAGGAAGGGAGAGGAGACGAACUAGACAAUCUUAUGGAAGAAAAAGCUAGGCUAAAGGCUGAAGCGAAAGCGAUAGAAGGGCGAAAAUUAUCAUUGCUAAUCUCUUUCCACCUAAGAACAAGAAAGAGGAGACAGGAUCUGCAGAGGGAAAUGAUGUUAAUGCUAAUGAGGCAGCUCCUGCUGCUGCAGAAUCUGCAGCGGGUGAAGACCAACUCAUAGAGAAAGCAGAAUCUGUUGAUGCAGAAGACUCGAGGGACGAGGUAAGAGCUUGAAAGAUGGUGAAGUACUGUUCUUUGCCACCCCUUUAUCAAGCCAUGUUAAGGUCAUUCAUCUGAUUUUGCUAUAUAUUGCUGCCAUGUAAUUAAACAAUAGCUGGGAAAUGAGGUGGGAGUUUGAAUUCUAGGCGCAGUGAGUAGAAUGUGGUUACUUUGAAGGAUUUCAAUGUUGGAUGAUACCCAAGUUUGUAGUUGCGCCUUCUGUUAAUUUCUAUGUGCACUUCCAUAAGUUGUUCUGUUCUGCAAUUACCUGCUGCAUUUGGUUGGAUAUUGAUUGACCUUCCUUCGGCUCCUGAUCUAUUGCUACGGUGGCGAUUUGAACAAUCUAUGGUACAUAUAUAAAAUAUCUUUUUUCGGUACUUUUUAGUGCCAAUUCAUUGUUAUCUCACUUUCCUCUGUUUGGUGUUUCUCCUCUCUGAUAUCUCUAUACUGGUUGUUCUUCUGUCAGUGAAACUCCAUGGUUUUGUGCGAGCCGAACGGGAGCUUUGGAUUGGCUUACGACGUCAUCGGGGUCAAAGAUUUUGAAUCUCUGUUGUCUACGGGUCGAUUAAAAGGUGAGCCCUCUGGAUCAGUUUACCAUCCCCAAGUCUUCGAUUUGUUUGUCAAACAAAAAUUGGAGUUUUUUACCCAGCCAUUGAUUUCAAUUGUCAAUAGGGAACAUGAAUCUCUUAUGCCUACUGUCGCUUUAGUUCUCAAUCUGUAACUGGAAACCUUGACCUCAUCCAUUGAUUUCUUUCUCAAGAGUUGGGCACGUGAUUCCCCAAUCCCAAUUGUGGUUUUAGUACGCGAUCAGGUACUGGAAUUGCCGCCCUUAACUUACAUUACAAUAUUUCUUUGGUUCAUUUUGACAUGACCGUAAUUGAAGUUCUGUCCUUUCAAUUGGUGAGUUCAUUUUUGCUUUCAGUGAACAUCCUUACAAGUAAUAUUUACUUUCCGUUGUUUCCUAAUUAACUGUCUUUGCUUGCCCGUUGUUAGAUCUUUUGAGUUUAAUAUAACUUGACCCUGUUAGAUGUAGAUGUCUUCUAACAAUUAAUUUGGUUUUGUUUUGUUAGCCAUUGUUUAGUAGGAGCGUUUGAACCGAGAUUGUGUUGAGUGCUUUAAUGAUUUUGUAAAUAGUGUAAAUUAUUGUUUCGGCAGUGCUUGCUUGAGCAAUUGUUUGAAUAUUAGACAGUGCCUCUAAAAUUGAUAGAAGUUAAUCAGAAGGUUGUCAUGCUCUAUGGUAUCAUUUCGGUAGUGCCCCAGUCAUAGGUUUCUUCGUAUUUUUUUCAUUAUCCAUAGUUUUGUAAUUCCUACCGCCAAGUUGUUUUGUGUUUCUCGAUUUCAUAGCUGAUGUGGGAGACAUAUUCAUGUCCAGCCAUUCCAUUUGCCUUUUUUGUAGUUGUUUAUGUCGUUCAUUGAUUCACUUGCAUUUUUGAGCUGUCAUGUUGUUGCAUUAUGCUGCCAAUUGUCCUGUUAUCAGUUUCAGAUAUAUGUAUGUUGGUUUCCUGAUGGUGAUUUCUGAAAAUCAGUAAGUGAUUCAAUCUAUGCCAAGGCGCGAGGUUGUUUCAGUUUUGUGUUGUAGAUAUAUUUGUCGGUUACGUGUUCGUGUCUCUGUUCUGCUUGAUCAAAUAAGUUUGAACUUGGCGUGAUUUCUGAAAUACUAUUAAUUUUUACGAUUUCUUGGUCUGUGGCGGGUUGCAGCAGGGAGUUGCCUUGACAUACGCUACUUCAAGGGCUCCUUCCGUCAUUUUCAGGCCUCAGGGAUUUCAAAUUCUCUGGCUUCUCCUUCAAAAUCUACUUAUGGUUUUUGAGAAUCCGCCCAAUGAAGUGUGUUUGACAUU